AUGGUUUGGAUUUGGGUAACAAUUGGGUUGCUUGCCCUUGCUAUCCUGCAAGCAUGGUGCAAGAACAAGAAGACGACGUUACCUCCUGGUCCAAGAGGGUUUCCCAUUUUUGGAAGACUUCACUUGCUAAGGGAGUUCCCUAACAAGGACCUUCAUCGACUAGCCCAAACAUACGGCGACAUCAUGUACAUGCGCUUAGGCCUUAUGCCUACCAUUGUUGUCUCAUCUCCAAAAUCUGCCGAGCUGUUCCUCAAAACACACGACCUUGCGUUUGCUAGCAGGCCACCCCAUGAAGGUGCAAAGCACAUCUCUUUUGGGCAGAGGAGCUUGAGCUUUGCUGAAUAUGGUCCAUAUUGGCGCGACACCCGAAAGAUGUGCACCCUUGAGUUGCUCAGUAACCAAAAAAUCAACUCCUUCAAGUCCAUGCGGAUAGAAGAGGUUGCUCUAUGUGUUGAGGCUAUUCGUGCCGCUGCGAAUAGUGGAAGUAUUGCUGUUGAUCUGAGUGACAAGGUCUCAUCUCUCAGCGUAGGCAUGAGCUGCCGGAUGGUGUUUGGGAAGAAGUACAUGGAUUUCACUGUCCUUAAGAGUAGAUUUCGCCCCUCGGAGACAAUGUCUCGGUGUAGCAAGGUUGUAUGGCGCUCUACACUCCAGGAUACAACAACCUAUGACCCUCAUAAGCGUACACUCACAAUACUUGGAGGACUGACCACCCACAUUAAAUUCUCUGAUUCAAGUUUGUUCAUGAGGCAUCCGAAGGCGAUGAAUAAAGUCCAAAAAGAGCUAGAAAAUGUUGUUGGAUUGGACAGAAUGGUGGAGGAAUCAGACUUGGAGAAAUUGGAGUACUUGAACAUGGUAUUGAAGGAAACCUUGAGGCUACAUCCAGUGGUACCAUUGUUGCUUCCUCAUGCAGCCAUUAAAGAUUGCACUGUCAAUGGCUACCACAUACCCAAAAAAUCGCAUGUUAUCAUAAACGUGUGGGCAAUCGGGAGAGACCCGAGUGCUUGGACAGAUGCAGAGGAGUUCAUACCAGAAAGAUUUGAGGGUAGCAACAUUGAUGUUAGAGGAAAUCACUUUGAGCUUAUCCCAUUCGGCUCUGGCCGAAGACGUUGCCCUGGAAUGCAUCUAGGCCUUACUGUGGUCCAGAUAGUGUUGGCACAACUUGUGCAUUGUUUUGAUUGGGAGCUUCCAGAUAGCAUGUUGCCAGAAGAGUUGGACAUGACUGAGGUGUUUGGUCUUACGAUAUCAAGGGCCAAGCAUCUACUCGCUAUUCCUUCCUAUCGCCUUCAUAAAUGAUCAUAAUCUGUACUUGUAAUAUUUU